AUGGGGAAAGGGCUACGAGGAGUAGAUAAGAAGGCGGUGCCGCGGCCAACGGAACUCGAAUCGCGGGCCUCACCGGGAAGAUCCAGAUUCGAAUUUUUCAAAUAUUUGCCGCCUAUAUAUAAUUUCAUUUGAACAGAUAUAUUACAAAUAGACACUGUUUUUUCAUCCAGAACUACUUAGUGUUUAAUAUUAUAUUAAAUUAAAUAGAUAUAUAUAUAUAUAUAUAAUAUUUUAUAAUUAAUUAUAUACGUGUUUAUUUUAUUUGCAGUUUGUAUCAAAAGGGUGUUGGAGACUUCUUAUUAGGAGAGUCAACUAAUUUCCUAUAUAUGAAAAUAUUGGAAAGUGAGUUGACUCCCCCUUUCCACAGAAAAGUGAAAGCACAAAGUUUGAAAGUAAUUCAUUGUAAUUAUGUAAAAAAUUAGUCCCAUAUUCAUUAUCUUUAGAUGACAUUUUUAUUUUCUAAGGCUUAUUGAAUUCAAAUGAUCUUCGAAAAACAACCAAAAUACCUCUUGAUGAAUUAGGUAAAAUUUGAACCAUGUACAUAUAAACUUUUUAGAAAAGAAAAAACCAAUUGUCAACCACAAUAUGAGGCAUCGAAAGGGUUCAUUUGUGUAUGAUUGGUAUGUACCAUUUAAUGUGCCAACCCAUGACAUAGUUUAUCCCAUUAAAAGAGUUAAACAUUGAUUUAUUCAAUGGGAAACUCUCUAAAAUCGAGUCGAUCUUAAACAUAGAUAGACUAAAGCUUCAAACUCAAAAAGGAGUUGACUCUUUUAUAUCAUAAGAGAUAUAAAACAAAAAAUUAGCCACUCUCUUUAUAGAUUUUUUUUUCAAAAGAGGCUAAAAAUAAAGGGUCCUAAGGAUUCCCAAUUACAUCAAAAGGCAUGUGUUGCUUAUAUGCGUGGCUACUUUAAAUAAAUCAUAUUUAAUGAGUUUAAAAAUGACCAUAACAUAUGUCUUCUACUUUAUAUUCAUGUGUUGCUAUUUCUUAUAUAAUGGAUUAACAUAUUAGCUUUAUGGUAGACUUAUGUUACUUCGUAUGUUUUUCAAGAAGAAUAAAGUUAGUUCAAAUCUUUUUAAUUGGUUCAAGAAUUGAAUUGUCAAUUUCCACAUAUUUUUUAACCCAAGGAAAAAAGUGACUCAAGUAUUUAAGAUCUUUAAAGUCAACCAAAGUUUAUUAUCGUAUAUUGAGAACUAGAAUGUACAUGCCUCUUGAGUGAAGAACAUGUCUUGAAGACAUACUCAAGAUGUCGCUAAUCAUUUUGAAGAUUCAUUUUCUAAACAUGGAGAUCAUCACUUUUAUGAAAUAACUAGAAACUAAAAGGAAAUUUCAAGUGUUUUAUCUCCAUCUUACAUCUAAUCUUCUAAUAAUUCUUUGUCCUUGGGUAUCUUAUACAUACCUCAAUAUUGAAGCAGGGAGAUACAAAAGGGAGACUAGAAAAUGAUGAUAGUUGUUGUCAAAAUUAACCAUGAAGACCCUAAACUACAGUGAGAUUGAUAACAAACUAGAGAAAUGAGAGAGAGAGAGGAGGGGGGAAGGAGAGAGAGAGAGAUUAUUGUGUGAUACAAGAGGGAAACAAAAGAGAUCUGGUGGAGACUCUUUUGGAGAAAUUGGGGGUGGCUAAUUUGAGACAACUAAUCUCUAGGACUAUGAGGAAACUUUGUAACAACAUCUUGCUCUCUCCUUCAAAUCUUGGUGGUCUUAUAAGCUGUCCAUUAUUCUUUGAGUUUUCCAUUGUUUCUACUUUGAGUCAUUGGUCCAACCCCUAAUGGCCCAGCUACUUUUGAACUUUUCCAUCCUAUUGUGGUGAAGUUAGGUUGACUACCUCAUUCUUUGUUUUUGAAAAAGAUGUUGUCAUUUGACAGCCCAAUGUUCCCCAAAAAAUCAUUUGAAUUAUUUCUCUAGGACCUCUUUUCAUGUGGAAGUGGGCUAGUGGUUAAUGCCUCUACAGUAUCACUACACACACUUUGUAAAGCUCAUAGUGCAAACAACUCCACUAAUAUUCACAUAACUAGCAUGCUAAAUCCUUCAGAUUUCUAAUUUAAGACAACUUGAGUAGCUAGGAAGAUUUACAAAUAACUUGAUGUUCUCUAUGAUGACUUUAUGUUGAAUAUAAGUUACAAGCUUACAUAAUAUCAUUCACUAAAGCUCGAGAAGAACCUACUCCAUCUUCUACAAAAAAGUAAUUACUUCUCUCAAAGAGAGAAUCAAAAACAUCAUCUUACAACUUAUUUGUGAUGAUCUAUGAGUCAAUCAAUCAUAAUGAAGGUUGUCUUUCUCUAUCAAGUCCUAAGAUAAUCUAAAUGGUGAGUUGAGAGAGGGUUAAGCUAAGACAUGAGAUGUUUAAAGUUGAAAACUACUUGUGGACAAUGUUGUUCUCUUAGAAAUAUUAUGUAUUAACUUAGGCAUUUGAUUUUGAGAGUCAAUAUCUAUCUAUGAGGGGUACGAUAUAUCUAGAUAUCAAAUAAAAGUGUUUGAACUGUUAAUCUAGUGAAAAUAAUUGUAUUUCUAAAAAGAAAUAGUGAAAUCUAAUAAGUAAAUAUUAUGAGAAUUGAUGUAGCACAGUGAAAGGUGAAUCAACAUGAAAACCUUUGUGUUUCAUAUAGUCACAAGUGAGAGAGAGAGACUAGACUGAUCUUGUGAUAAAAAAAGAAGUGACUUAAGUGAAUCUUCAUAUAAGUCUAAGAGAUUGUGUUAUAAUAUGUUUUGACACGUACACACAAAUAUAAUAUUAUAAUAUUAAUAUAAGUCUAAAAGAAAAAUGUAAGAUAUUAAUUCACCUCCCCCUCCCUCUUAAUACUUCACUUAGUCACAUCAAACCCAACACAAAGGAGAUAUUAACAUUCCUACACUAAGAUGAGAACCUAAGCAUAUGAUUGAUCACAUGACUGCCAAUGCACAAGUUGGAGCAAAUGUAGGCCCGCUCUUAUACAAUGACAUGAAUGUAUAUCUUGAUGCACUAGUAAUCAUAACAAUUGACACAACAAAUGAAGUGAUGCCAACAAGUAGUGGGAUGCUCAAGAUAAUGCCCAAUGGCUACCAAAUAGGAACAAUGGUCACCCAUUAUAAGUAACAACUAAGAGGGCCCCUCACAAUAUAUAUAGAGUGCCCCACUAGUUGGAAAGAUCAUGAACCUUUUUUAUAUUAGCUUCUAUGGUGCUCUCUAUUUAUGUAAAUAUGAAUGAAAGGUUAGCUGAGGGAAUAAGAAGAUGCCCCAAUGUAUACAAUUAAGCAAGUGUGUAAUAGUGGUUAAGUGAAAUACCAAGAAGGAGAUUAAAUUAAUUUUUUAUGUGUCAACACACAUUCUAACACAAUCUACGAAGUAUAUAUGCAACUUAACUUAUGAGUUUUAUCUAAGUCAUAUAUUUCCUUUAAUUUCUUUCUCUCUUAGUCUUAGUGAUGGUAGAUAGAGACUUUACACUAAUUUACCUUUUAUUGGGCUAUGUCUAGUAUUAGACGAUUCUUCUUAUUUUUACUAUUUUUCAAUAAACAUAAAAUUGAUUUCAAGAGUUUAACUCUCCCAACACAACUACUUGAUCUCUAUAGAGAUCUUGCCCCUCAUAGAUAAAUUUUGACUUACAACAUUAUGUGCUUAAGUUAAGGUAUAAUUAUUUUCAAAAAACAGCACCCUUCAUAAGUAGAAUCUGACUUUCAACAUCUUAUGUCUUGAUUUACCUUUUCUCUUUUCACCAAUUAAGUUACCUUAAGGCAUGAUAGAGAAAGACAACCUUUAAUGUAGCUAUUUAAUUUGUAUGUUACCACAUAUGAUCAAGUAAAAUAAAGUUUUGAUUCCUUCUUUGAAGUACAUGGUCACUUUGUUGUAGAAUGUUGAAUGAUUCUUCUUCAUGAGCUUGUGUGAGUGAUAUAGAUGAAUUAUUUAUUCAUUCAAUAUUAACUUCAUUUUUUUUCAACUCACUCUAUUUAUAUUUCAAUGGAUCCAUAUUAUUUUAGCAUAUAAAAAAAAUCAUAUUAAUUUGAGUAUCUUUUAGUUGCUCUAGUAGUGCUUUAGUGACCUCCAACUAUUUUUCAUUUCUAAACUUUCUACUGUAGUGAUAGUUGUUCACAAUAUCUUGUUUGAAGAUUUAUAUAUGAUCUACAAAUAUUUCUUCUUUUAUAAUCUUAGUCAAAGGAGAUCGUUUAGUUUGUCUUUAGUCUACAUCUUCUACUGAGGAGUUACUAUUUAUAAUUCAGGCUUCUAACCUUUAGUCAUACUUAUGCUUAUAUCUUCUAGUUUGUAGGUACAAUAUCUUUAAUAUUAUGUCUGAAGUUACUUAGCUGAUCAACAUACAUACUAUCUUCAAGAUCAAACUAGGAUAUUGUCAUUGAAUCUAUCUUAUAAUUUAUGAAUUCUAAUAACAUGUCUAAAGUGUGUGAGGCUGACCUUGAGUUUUUAUUUACUUCGAAACAUGUGGGUUUCUCAUAAGUGGUCUUUGAAAUUUUUAUUUAAAGAUAUGUUUAACUUUAAUGAUUGAUCUUUCACAUGAUACUAAGUUGAAGUUUGAUCAUUUUUAUUUUGUCAUUUUAUUUUUUAUAUGUAAAAAUUUGAUGUGUCAACAUAUAGAUUAAAUAAUGAUGAUUACUCUACCUUCUUUAUUACUUUUCAUGAAUGAUUCUAUUUAACUACCUUGUGGAUUUUGAGUUCGAGUUUUACUUCAGUUAUUAAUCAUAUAUUUUUACUUUAGAUAUCUCAACCAACUUUUCACGCAUUGUUAUAGUACUAAUAAUUUAAAUUUUGCCCAUAUUUUUAUUUAAAUAAUUCAACUAUCAUUUUUCCUACUUUUGUUAGGCUUACUUCUUGAGUUCAAAUCUCAUAUAUGAAAUUAUGUGUUUUAGAUAUUUUAAAUAUUUUUCAUAUUGAUGGUUUAUUCUUCAGAUUACUCAAGUACUGCAUUUAAAUCUCACUUCUGACUUUAAUUUUUUAGAAUAUAUGUGAGACUUCGUCACAUCAUGUUAACACAUUAUAAUGCACUUAUAUUCAAAUAAUAUUAUGUUACAUUACUUUAAUAUAAAAUAUUAUCACUAGGAUGUACUCUUUGGAUUCAUUGUUAGUCAUAGAAUCAUAUAAUAUAUCAUCAAUAUAUAUAAAUUAAUAUUUAUCAAUAUUAUUUUUCUCGUGAUGAACUAAAUCGUGAUAUAUAUAGAUGAAUUAUGUUUUAACUCAUUCAAGAAUAAUUUAGAAAUAAAUAUUUUAUUGUAUAUAUCAAAACCUACUAUGUGUCAUUAUUGAGGACAUAACUCUAGAUUGUUUGUAAGUACUUGUGAUGCAUCAAAAGUUAAAAACUUAUUUGAGACAUCAAAGAAUACCUAGAAAAUCAUGAACUUGGAAGACAUAAUGACCAAGAGUGAAAUAUAAAGAUCUUGUGCCAUUCACGAAGAGGAGAUCCACCUAAGAAUUGCAGGACUACAAGGCAUAAUUCAAGCACUAUUUCAAGCUAGUAAAUAGAGUAGAUGUUGCAGUUGAUGACAUGAUAUCCUUCAAACACAUUAAGUCAAUCAGUGAUUAUAUUGUGAGCUUUUAGUACCCUCAUGUUUGAUAUUGAGAAAUAUGAGAGAGUAAUCAUCACUACUUCUUCCUCUUUAGAUUCCAAUCAUAAGCUCAUGCAGAAGUAGAUAGAGGUACUUAAGAUCUUGAAAUAUUUUAUGCUAUAAUUGAGUCACUAGUAGAUUAUUUGGCCCCAAAAUAAAGUAGUCAGCUAUUUUAUUUUGGGGCCACUCAUACCAAAUAGGAAUAAGAGGAACCGAGGUAGUGGCCACAUAGUAAAACGAUCUUUAGGAUGAGGUAGAUGACACAAUGAAAACUAGAUCUUAACUCCCCUCACUCCACCUUGACUUAUAGAGAUGACAACUUAGCUCCACAAAAUGAGAUACUUCAAUUUUAAAAGACCACAUCAAUAAAGAGACUUCCCCAACAUGUAGAGCAACAAAUGACCUCAAUUAAUUAGGGUGACGAAUAAAAAAUAAUCAGCUCAUAUGGAAAAAAAUAACUAGAGAUAGAAUGUAGAGAUGACCAAUUUGAAUUGUUAAACAAUCUUUAUUCAUAGGAAUUAUAAUGAAUCAAGAAAAUAAAAUUAAUCAUCAUCAAGACAUAAAUUAAUGGAGAGCUAGUGGUGGCCAUGACGGGUAACAAAGCCACAAGCAACUUCAUGUGGAGAUGAGACUUAGUAGAAGGGUUGAUCUUAGUGCUAUAGAUGUACGAGGGGUUAAAUGUGAAGAUAAGACUUUUCUACUAACACUAUGUCUAGUAACAUAGGAGCUCCAACUUGAUGAGGUGCCAAUGAGUGUCAAGUGCAUUGACCACCAAACUAAUUCCCCUUAAACUUCUACCACGACAGGAGAUAGUUCACACCAUUGACUUGGUACCAUGUUCAAACUUGUCAGUUUGGGCACUAUAGAAGAUGUGUUUGCAGCACUUAGAUGAGCUCUAGCAGUGGAUCUAAGUGUUGUUGUAAGUGGGACACAUAUAAUUGUCCAAAUCACUAUUUGAUGCCCUCAUGUUGUCUUAGAAAAAUAAGGACAAAAUCUUAGGGCUAUAGAUUACUGUACCUUGAAUAAAUGUACAAUUUGCAACAUAUACUCAAUAUCAAAUGCAAAUGAUCUUUUUGAACAUUAAGAAGUAGUCUAAGACUUCUCAAAGUUUGACUUCAAGAACAAAUACCACCAAGUUUGAAUUAAAGAAAGUGACAAACCAAAGAUGGCAUAUAUAAUAGGAUAGGUUUAAACUCACAGUGACGUCCUAUGGGCUAAUUAAUGUCUUGACUACAUUCUAUAAUUUAAUAAAUAUUACUUUUCAGUUGUGCUUAGAUGCCUUUAUAGUUGUCUAACUAGAUGACAUCUUGGUUUAUAAUUGUAACAUGUAAAAGCAUAUGAAGUACCUACAAAUAUAGGUCAACAUAGCCUAUAUUUAAACCUAAUGAUGCAUUUAUUUGCACUAAUAUAAAUAAACUUCUUAAGACAUUUUAUUGACAAAUAAAGGGUGUGGAUGAAUCAUUAAAAGGUGAAGACAAUCACUUAAUGGCUAAUAAUUGCAUGUUUAAAGGAACAAUGGAGAUGGAUAGAACAAUAUGCAGGAGCAUUCUCAACAUUAAAGGGAGAGCCAUUGCGACUGAGUCAAUCCUCCAAGCCUAACUUCAUCAAAUCAUUUAUCGUGCACAUAAACAUCAUCAUUAGUAUUAAUAACAUUUGCAGUGUCCUUAACAAAAAAUCACAUAUUAUUUCCUUCAAGAGUAAAAAAUUCAACAGAAACAUAAUUACCCAAUUCAUAAAAGGGAGAUGAUCACCAUCAUUCACUAUUUCAAAAUAUGGAGACACUACUAAUUGAGAAAUCACUUCAUGAUCUAUAUAGAUAAUAUGAUGGCAAACUACUUCGACACAACCUAGAUUGAUGGCAAAACAAGCAAGAUAGUUACAAUGUUUGACACAAUACAACUUGAGAAUUCAACACAAAACUUAGAAUAAAACAUGGUCGCAAAUAUUGAGAAGAUUGGCCAUGGCUACAAGUUUGAAUGUAAUGAGUAGAAGUAGUACCAUGACAAAAUUUAUUCAAGGUCUAGAUGGGAUGCGCAAAGAAUACCCAUGCAUACAAAUGCUUGAACUGAAUUUAAAAAUGCAUAAUAGGGCAUUAUUAACCAAAUGAUGACAUUAUGCACAUUAGAGGAUAUCGAGUAUACUUUUUGAUUGCUAGGAACUUCUGAUAUUCAUUAAUUGUAGAGGCAUAUGAUAUAUUAUGGUUGAGGCACCUAAUACAACAAUGGACACUAGUGGUGCUUAGUAGGUUUACUUUUAUCUAGGACUGGAGAAGAAUGUGAAAAGCUUAUGUGGAAUCAUGCAUCAUUUGCCAAUGAGACAACAUGGAGUGUCAAUGAUAAGUAGUCCUCCUACAACUACUACUUAACCUGGAGGAGGUAUCAUGGUACACCAUUAAGACUUUAUCAUGCGUCUCCCCAAGAAGAAAUAAGUGAUAGCAUCUUGGUGAUCAUUGACAAGCUAUCAAAAUAUGAGAUCUUCAUGUUAACAAAUCAUCACUCUAUGAUUGAGGAUGCGGCUCAGUUAAUAUUUAACUAUGUUGUCAAGAAUUGGAGCCUAUCCCAAGUCAUCAUUUCUGACAAUGAUGCUCACUUAACAAGGUAAGUCUAUAAGCUCUUGGUUGUUAAACUCGACACAACUACAGUCCCACACUAAAGUAAGAACCCAAGUAUGUGACUGAAUACGUGACUGAUGGUGCAUGAGUAGGAGCAAGUGGAGAGUUGCCCUCACCUGAUAUACGUACACCGGCAGCCCCAAUGACUACCGCAACAAGUGAAAGUAAUGUAAAAUACUUAAGUCAACAGCAACUGCUACCUAAAAGGGACAAUGGUCACCCACGAGGUGUAAUGACCAGGAGGGGCCCUAGCACCCAAGACCUAUGCUUAGGCCAGGGUGUAAUAAGCCGUAAUUGGCAGAAUUGUUCCGACAAUGAUUAGCUGGCGGCGGUCCCAGCCUCAGCAAUGAUGGCAAGAAUGUUGUUGACUCGAAUAUAAAUGGGAUCGGCGAUCUCGACCCGGAGUGGAAUCUGUCUUCUCUUCCCCUCCACCGGCAGAUCUCGGGCAUCGUCAGCGAUAGACUGGAAAGAUUUAAGGAUAAAAAGGCAAUUUCUUUGAUAAAUAGCCGGAGAUUUGCUCUGGAAUUUCCUCACCCUCGUGUCUCUCCUUGUGGUGCCUCUCAGAUGGGAUCUUCUCUUCAUCUGCGCCUUCCUCUCCCCCUCCCGUUCAUCUCUUCCUCCACCCGCCUCGUCCUCUGUCCCCGCCGAGCCCUCCGCCGAUGCGGCGGCGGAAGACUCCGCACUGCCUGCGCCGCGCUCGAUCGGUCCCAGCCGGCAAGUUUCUUCGCCAUGCGAUCUGAUUUAGGGUUCCGUCUUCCUCGACAGUGGAAUUUCUCCUCUCUCUGAUCGCGUUCUGAAUUGAAUUUUACUCGUCUCAGGGAGAGGUUUCGAAGCCCAACUACCAGCCCGGACCCAUCGACGACCUCCUCCUCAAGUUCUUCCGUCGUAAGAUGGCGGAGGUGAGUUGUCGGAACCGUCGCUUUUUUUUUCCCUGCACGAAGUAACGGUAGCGGGAGAGCUCGCGCAAAACUCAGAAAGUCCAUCCUCCGAUAGUGAGUCGUUUCUCUCAGUAAAAUUUACAGGUGCAGAUAUUCGUCAGGGAUUCAAAUUCAUAUCCUGUAUCCUUAUCAAAUGUUAGGGGGCAAUCGUUGGAUGAUUUUCUGCAGAAAACCGGCAGCAUUUGGGAUACUCAGAAGGGAUUUCAAUAGCGAUCUCCUUUCUGUUGCCAUGAGUGCCCAUAUCAUCAUUCAUUUAUUUGUUGUGGACCUGAAAUCAUUUACUUUAUUUUCCUUAAAAUUGUUCAUCAAAGAUUUCUAUAUAUGUGUAUAUCAAUUACUUCCGCUGCCAUGGGGCUAAAUUGAGAACAAACUGAAAAUAUGAAAAUUUUGGUGCACAGUACGUCAAUGUAUCUUUUAGUUCAUUUGAGCUUUAAAACCUCAACACCAUAAGCUUUUCCUUCUUAAGCUUAAGUGCCCUCACAGUCAUCCUCCGUGCUUUAAAAGCUAUAGGAGGUUGGAUGGGACUCGCAAAAGCCUGGAUAUGAUGGACUGAUGGAGGCCGUGAACCAGCUCAUGAUGAAAGGAAGCAAGCAAGAAAUUGAGCAAACAGCGGUAACAAUAUCAAAUCUGUCUUAUAGCAAUGGAUAUUGAAUCUGAUUGUUGUACUUGUAUCAUCAUCGCAUUCAAUCAAUCCAGCACAUGAACGUCUUAUUUUGCAGGGGACCUUUCCUUUCUUCUCUUGACUUCUUCUACUACAUGAUUCAUUGUAUAAAUAAUUCUUAAAUUCUAUUUUUUAUCGUAAGGAUUGAUAGCUUUUCUCAUGGAGAUUUACCGUCGUGGUGCUUUCUCAUAGCUUGAUAGUAAGUGCAAGGAGAAUUGGUCUCCCCUAGGGAGAUAAUUCAUUUUAAUCCGUGUGAUAUCCACAAAAAAUCAUUACCUCAUUGCUCAGAUAAUGUUAUGCUUUGAUGAGAGGAAAUCACGUCAUUGUUCUUGAGCUAUACUUACUUCCACCUCAUUAUUCUUGAGCUAUGCCCAUUCUAGUGGUACUGACGAAGUUGAUGACUGUUUUUUUCUCCUUGAAGAGGGGAGUUUGACAUUUCUUCUGAUUGCAGGUACGGGUACUAAGAUCUCUGUUCCCCCCAUCCCUACCGGAACUCUUUCAACUGAUCAUAACACCAAUUGGAGGGGGGAAACCAGCUGCUAUGAUGCUUGGUAAGCUAGUCUCUCUCCCUCACUACACCCACCCUUAUACUGAUAAUUUAUGGUCCCAUUUUAUUUCCACAAGUGGUAGCUCGCUUAAAAUGGAAUACCCCCAUCUCUAUUUCCAGCAAGGGCGACAGCUCUAUUGUGUCAAUGGCUGAUGGGGAGAUGCACAGUCAACUCGGUUGACCUUCCAGAUGGGUCCUCUUCCACAACUGGGGUACUGUUCAAAGUUUCUCACCACUCUCGUUCCAGAUGGUGACUUCUGUAUUACGUAUAUUAAAAAAUUUAAGACUUUAAUUUAAAAAACCUUCGUAGGUAUUUGUGGAAAGGUGCAAGUAUUUAGAGGAGAGCAAAUGCGUUGGAGUUUGUAUCAACACCUGCAAGCUUCCAACUCAGGUUAGUGGAUGGCAAUGAUCGGUAAUAUCUGUGAUCCUUUGCCCAUAUGUAACUUAGAGGUGUCAUGUUUAGAUAUGUUGGUACAAUUUUCCAUAAUCAAUGAUGUUGCCCAUUGCUUCUUUUUUUUAGGUGAUUAAUUCAUAGAGGAUCCUAGAUGGGUCAUUAUAGACCUUUAGAACUUCGUAUUUUCUUUUGUAAUAGGUUUAUUCUAGGCUGAGCUCUCUCUCUCUCUCUCUCUCUCUCUCACUCACUCACUCACUCACUCACUCACUCACUCAUUCCUUAAUCCCCCCAUUGCAAAAUGUUCAUAUAAGGUUUUCCUCGGAUGAACUGAAAGUACUGUUUAAUAGCUCAAAUAUACCUACCCUAGAGAGCCCUACAUUCAUUCAUGUCUUAUUAAACAUGUUUUAGGGGUUUUGAUUUAAAUUUAAGAUCUACAACGGAAAUACUUUAUCCUACUAAUUGGAAUCUGUAAUACUAAUGAGAACCCUAGAUUCAUUAAUGUCUUAUUAGACAUGUUUCAGGGUUUUAAUCUUAAAUUUAACAUCUACAACGGAAAUAAUUUAUUCCACUAAUUGGAUUGUGGGAAAUAACAAGGUUGGCGAGUCAUACACUUAAUGGGACUAAUUUUAGCUCACUUGAUGUGGGAAGGGAGAUGGUCAAUACAUGGCAAUUAUGACGCUAAGAUGCGGUAGAUUUUUGUGUCUAAUUUCUACCGCAUGAUGAUCAAUCUGAAGCCUUGUUCCUUCAUUUUUCUCCCACCAACCAUCUUAUCUGUGAUCAUCCUUGCAGACAUUCUUCAGAAACUAUAUGGGAGUUCCUUUGCUGAUGGAACCAAACUUCCAGGACUACAGCUGUCAGGUGAUUGAUUGUAUACUUAAUUUUUCCUCAGAAAACAUGAUAUAGGGAAAGGAAACUUUGAUAUAAAAAGAUGAAAUCAGUAGAUGGUCGACCAAUUUCUACUACCCAAUUGGUACUAGAGGAAGGAAAGUAGGGUUGGGUCGGGGAGUAAAUGGGGCGGUCCGCCCAUCCCAGACUGUGGCCCGUUUCUAGUGCCAUCAGUCUUCCCCAUCUCCUUGCUAGACCUGGGCCAGGCUUGAUGACGGCCCAUUUUUUCAUGCCAUUUUCGUCAAUAAUUUCUAUCUCAAACUCCCCCCCCCCCCAUCUUUUGUUUCAACAGUUCAAGUUUGGGGUGGCCCCCCCGGAGCCCGCAGAGGAUAAGACCCUUCUGGAGCCCUGCUUGGAGAUCUGCCCAAAUGCCACUCGUCGGCGGGAGCUUAGUACAAGGGCUUCCGCUAUGCAAUGCCCAAAGGCAUAA